UUUAGGUUUAAUUAAAUAAUAUAAAUUUAAACUUUUACGAAUUUAAACGAGUUGAAUUCUGAUUGGACAUUCUUGUCUGUUCCUUUAAAGAGUUGAGUGGCUGAAAUGACUCAUUUUUACUAAAAGAACACGAAUUUAAACGUGAGUUAUUCGAUUCGACUCGACCUAAAUAACACACCCAUAUUUGUUAAUGAGUUAUUAAAAAUGCAUUACACUAAAUAUAAAAAGAAAUUCAACCAUGAUAAAAAUACACUAAAACAAUGAGUGGAAGAUUUUAAUUUUGUGUUGAUAUUUGAUAACUUGAUAUGUCUGUUUCUUUUUAUUUUAUUUUUCUUUUUGUUGUGGAUAAUAUUUCUCCUCACAUAGUUACGUAUUGAUAUUGACCCCACCUCAAUUAUGAAUAAAUAACAUUUCCCUUUUUAAUAAAUAGCUCCCAAGAGAAUCACACGCUCAUCUUCUUCCUAGCACAAAUUUCUCAUCUCUCAUCUGUAUCCAUGGAUCCAUACAAGUACCGCCCGUCGAGUGCGUUCAAUACGCCUUUUUGGACCACGAACUCCGGAGCUCCCGUCUGGAACAAUAACAACUCAUUGACUAUAGGAACGAGAGGCCCUAUCCUCCUGGAAGAUUACCAUUUGGUGGAGAAACUUGCUAACUUUGACCGGGAGAGAAUUCCGGAACGAGUUGUACACGCUAGAGGUGCCAGUGCCAAGGGCUUCUUUGAGGUCACUCAUGACAUCUCUAACCUUACAUGUGCUGAUUUCCUCCGAGCUCCAGGUGUCCAGACACCUGUUAUUGUUCGGUUCUCCACUGUUAUCCAUGAGCGUGGCAGCCCCGAAACUCUUCGUGACCCCAGAGGAUUCGCUGUCAAAUUUUACACUAGGGAGGGAAAUUUUGACUUGGUGGGAAACAACUUCCCUGUGUUUUUCGUUCGUGACGGGAUGAAAUUUCCGGACAUGGUCCACGCCCUCAAACCCAAUCCGAAGUCCCACAUUCAAGAAAACUGGAGGAUCCUUGACUUCUUCUCUCACCACCCAGAGAGCCUCCACAUGUUCACAUUCCUCUUUGACGAUUUGGGCGUCCCUCAAGACUACCGCCACAUGGACGGCUCAGGUGUCAACACAUACACCCUAAUCAACAAAACCGGGAAGGCCCACUAUGUGAAGUUCCACUGGAAGCCCACUUGCGGCGUCAAGUGCUUGCUUGAGGAAGAAGCUAUUAAAGUCGGGGGAUCCAACCACAGCCACGCCACCCAAGACCUUUAUGACUCGAUUGCGGCAGGGAAUUAUCCCGAGUGGAAGCUUUUUAUUCAGAUAAUAGACCCGGACCACGAGGACAGGUUUGACUUUGACCCGCUUGACGUGACCAAGACUUGGCCCGAGGACAUCUUGCCACUGCAGCCUGUGGGCCGCCUGGUGCUGAACAAGAACAUCGACAACUUCUUUGCAGAGAACGAGCAGCUUGCGUUCUGCCCGGCCAUUAUUGUCCCUGGAAUUUACUACUCGGACGACAAGCUGCUCCAGACUCGGAUAUUUUCUUAUGCGGACACUCAGAGGCACCGUCUUGGGCCGAACUAUCUGCAGCUUCCGGCUAAUGCUCCCAAAUGUGCUCACCACAACAAUCACCACGAGGGUUUCAUGAACUUUAUGCACAGGGACGAGGAGAUUGUUGACAUAACUGCUAUUCAAGGCAGUUUUGAUAACUUUCGGCUGCCUCGUGGGAAAUGCAUUGUUCAUCCUGUGAACUAUUUCCCUUCAAGGUAUGACCCUUGCCGCCAUGCUGAGCGGCACCCAAUUCCUCCUGUGGUAUUGAGUGGGAAGCGUGACAGAAUCUGCAUCGAGAAGGAGAACAACUUUAAGCAGCCUGGCGAGAGGUACCGUUCCUGGGCACCUGAUAGGCAAGAGAGGUUUAUCAACCGAUGGAUCGAUGCUUUGUCUGAUCCCCGUGUUACCCAUGAGAUCCGUUCCAUUUGGAUCUCUUACUGGUCUCAGGCUGACAAAUCUCUCGGUCAGAAACUUGCCUCCCGUCUCAACGUGAGGCCGACAAUGUGAAAGUCGAUGGGAAUGGAGAAAAAAGAGCAAUGUAAAGCUGGAUCCUACAUGAGAAAGCAUAAUGUUAGUUAUGAGUCUUUUGUCUACUUUCAUGUUGUAAUAUUUACUGGGACAAAAACUUGUGUGUGGUUGACAGUCCGAACGAUACAUUUCACAAUGCUAAUAAAUGAACGUGUUUUCUGCAGCCAAUGCCUAUUAUCGGUCAAUAUCCACUGUUAAAUGUGUUCAUCUACGUACUUUUACACAAUAAAUUGAGUGUGUUUUCGUCUGCGUACUUUUACACAAGAAAUUGACAUACUUUCGUAAUGAGGUGCCAUAAUUUGGAAAGCAACAUGUUUUUAUGCAAACAAAAGUUUACAUUUUGUUCGAAUCUUAUUCUUAUCACAGUCUUGUCGCAGCAGCUUUGUGUUGAACGCAAUUUUUUGGCUUUGACAUGUUUGCGCAUAUGUUAUUUUUUAAUCUUUUUUGUUAUAAUAUUGAAGAAGACGAGAUUGUAUUUACUUUUGACUUUUUUUUGACAAGG